AUGUCAUCGACCUACAGCCUUAUGCGUCCCUUUUUUUGGUUCUACAUUGGGCUAUCCUUCCUACUACGUUGGGGAUACGCGUAUCAAGCCAUCUCUGAUGAGACGUUGAAAUACCUUCCUCGCCCGAAAGACGAUUUUGACAUCCAUCAUGGAGCUCUGUUGUCGCCCAUCCUGAGGCCCCGGGUCUCUGGCACCGAAGGCUCGACGGCCGUCCUCAACCAUUUCACGCACUUUAUUCGCACAUCGCUUCCCGACUGGAACAUUCAGUUCCAGAACUCUACGUAUACGACUCCAAUUUCAAAGGGCAAGGAAGUCCCCUUUGUCAACCUCAUUGCGUCCCGUGAUCCCCCUUGGGCGAAGACGGGAGAUGUCAGCAGACUGACGCUGGUUGCACAUUAUGAUAGCAAAUACGAGCCGGAGGGGUUUAUUGGGGCCAUAGACAGCGCCGCUCCCUGCGCUAUGCUGAUGCACACGAUGCGCAGCAUCGACGUGGCAUUGACAAAAAAGUGGGAGGCUAUGAAGGAGGAAGGGCAUACACACGCAUCGUUGGAGGAACAGAAGGGCGUCCAAAUAAUUUUUUUGGAUGGUGAAGAGGCGUUCAAGUCGUGGUCUGAUAUGGAUUCACUUUAUGGGGCUCGUUCCCUGGCGGAACAAUGGGACACUGACGUCCACCCGGCCAUGUCGACCUAUAAGACCCCGCUUUCCUCAAUAUCCUUAUUUGUGCUUCUCGAUCUCUUGGGUUCUAAAGGCCCUACGAUACAGUCAUUUUUUGGAACGACGCACUGGGCAUACCGGAAAAUGGCUGCCCUUGAACGCCGAUUUCGAGCCCUAAAUCAGUUCAAGUCCUCCCCCGACGAUUCCCCCGGAAAGGCAUGGUUUAUAGACGACUCCAAGAACGAACAUGAAAUUCUGCCCUUCCUCGCUAUCCAGGAUGACCAUAUCCCAUUCCUAUUCCGUGGUGUGGAGGUUCUGCAUGUGAUUGAUGCGCAUCCUACAAAUGGAUUUCCUGAGGUAUGGCACAACCUCCGUGGUACACCGGACGAUGGGGAGCAUUUGGACGGCAACACUGUCGAGGAUUGGAGUAUGAUUGUAACCGCGUUUGCGGCCGAGUGGAUGGAGUUGGAGGGUUUCAUGCCGACUUCGGGCGGCGAGGAACAUGAGGGUACUAAACGCUCAGCGCAGAAGGAUUCCUCCUGGGACAAAACGGAGUUGUAA